UCCGCCUUUAGUAAUGGCUGCUCGGUGAUUGGGUUUGUGCUUCACGAAAUAGUUUUUCAUCAUAGUGUGUUUUAGAGUUAAAAAUGCCGAGUGCUUCUUACGGCUCUUCAAGAUAUUACCCCAGAAGAUCGAGACGUAAAGGAAACAGUAGAGUAUCGGUUUCGAACAGAAAUAAUACUGCCGAAACCUGUGCUUCUGGAAGCAGUUCUAAUGGAAUUCCUACUACUGUUAUGAACUCACAACCACCUCACAAUCCUCCUUAUGAUCUCCGUAGAAAAUCGCCUCCUUACCCAGUUUUAGAAAAUGGCUUCCCUAAUCUAAGGAAAAGACCUCGUAGGUCAUGUUCUGUAAACACUGAUAUAUUCUCACCCCCUGCUGCUCAUUAUCUUCAAUAUGAACUUCCUGAUGAGGUACUUUUAACCAUAUUCAGUUAUUUGUUGGAAAAAGAUUUAUGUCGUCUUUCUCAAGUUUGUAAGAGAUUUCAAACCAUUGCCAAUGAUAAUGGAUUAUGGAAAAGACUUUAUCAUAAUAUCUUUGAAUAUGAUAUUCCGCUGUUUAAUCCAGAACCAUGUAAAUUUGAAUUCAUUCCGCCUAAUGAUUGCGAAUAUGCAAAUCCUUGGAAAGAAAGUUUCCGACAGUUAUAUCGAGGGAUUCAUGUUCGACCUGGUCAGGGAUCACGGUAUAAAGCCAGAGGUAGAUCUCUAGCUCACUUUGAUACUGUUCAGACAGCUUUAGAUCAUGCUGAUGAAAAUCCAUCAACAGGAGUUCCUUCUAUUGUUUUUCUUCAUGCUGGUACUUAUAGAGGUGAAUUCUUGGUGAUAGAUACUGAUGUUGCACUAAUAGGAGCUGCUCCAGGGAAUGUAGCAGAAGCAGUUGUUUUAGAAAGGCAGUCUGGUUCGACUAUGAUGUUUGGUGAUGGUGCUAAGUCUGCUUAUGCUGGUCACCUAACAUUAAAGUUUACUCCUGAUGUUGCCUCUACCGUUUUGCACCAUAAACACUAUUGUUUGGAAGUAGGAGAAAACUGCAGUCCAACUAUCGACCAUUGUAUUAUCAGAAGCACUUCUGUUGUUGGAGCUGCUGUGUGUGUUAGUGGUCAAGGAGCUGCUCCUAUUAUAAAACAUUGUGACAUAAGUGAUUGUGAAAAUGUUGGGCUGUAUGUCACUGACUAUGCUCAUGGCACAUAUGAAGACAAUGAAAUUUCAAGGAAUGCACUGGCUGGGAUUUGGGUUAAGAAUUAUGCUAAUCCUAUUAUGAGAAGGAAUCAUAUACACCAUGGAAGAGAUGUUGGAAUCUUUACUUUUGACAACGGUUUAGGAUUUUUUGAGGCAAAUGACAUUCAUAACAACAGAAUAGCUGGAUUUGAAGUUAAAGCUGGUGCAAAUCCAACUGUUGUUCAGUGUGAAAUACAUCAUGGUCAGACAGGUGGUAUCUAUGUUCAUGAAAAUGGCCUGGGUCAGUUUAUUGAUAAUAGAAUUCACUCAAAUAAUUUUGCUGGAGUUUGGAUUACUUCAAAUAGCAACCCUACAAUUAGACGAAAUGAAAUAUAUAAUGGGCAACAAGGUGGCGUGUAUAUAUUUGGAGAAGGGCGAGGUCUUAUUGAACACAAUAACAUUUAUGGAAACGCUUUGGCUGGGAUACAAAUUCGUACUAAUAGUGAUCCAAUUGUAAGGCAUAACAAAAUUCACCAUGGUCAACAUGGCGGAAUUUAUGUACAUGAAAAAGGUGAAGGACUGAUAGAAGAGAAUGAAGUUUAUGCCAACACUUUAGCUGGUGUUUGGAUUACUACUGGGUCAACACCAGUCCUUCGCCGAAAUCGAAUUCAUUCUGGCAAACAAGUUGGUGUAUAUUUUUAUGAUAAUGGGCAUGGAAAGCUUGAGGAUAAUGAUAUAUUCAAUCACUUAUAUUCUGGAGUACAGAUCAGGACUGGAAGCAAUCCUGUUAUUCGUGGUAAUAAGAUUUGGGGAGGUCAAAAUGGUGGAGUUUUGGUUUACAAUGGUGGUCUUGGUUUGUUGGAACAAAAUGAGAUAUUUGACAAUGCUAUGGCAGGUGUGUGGAUCAAAACUGAUUCAAAUCCGACUUUGAAACGCAACAAAAUUUUUGAUGGAAGAGAUGGAGGAAUUUGUAUUUUCAACGGUGGCAAAGGUAUAUUGGAGGAAAAUGAUAUAUUCAGAAAUGCUCAAGCAGGGGUUUUAAUUUCGACUCAAAGCCAUCCAGUCUUGAGACAUAAUAGAAUAUUUGAUGGACUAGCAGCAGGAAUUGAAAUAACUUUAAAUGCCACUGCAACAUUAGAAAAUAACCAAAUAUUCAACAAUAGGUUUGGUGGACUUUGUCUUGCCACUGGUGUGAAUCCUAUUGUACGAUGUAAUAAAAUCUUCAGUAACCAGGAUGCUGUAGAAAAAGCUGUUAGGAAUGGGCAAUGCUUGUAUAAAAUAUCUAGUUACACUUCAUUCCCCAUGCAUGAUUUUUACCGUUGCCAAACCUGCAACACCACUGGUCGAAAUGCUAUCUGUGUUAAUUGUAUUAAAACUUGCCAUGCUGGCCAUGAAGUAGAAUUUGUAAGACAUGAUAGGUUUUUCUGUGAUUGUGGUGCUGGUACAUUAUGCAAUCAGUGCCAGCUACAAGGUGAACCAGCCCAAGAUACUGAUACUUUAUAUGAUUCUGCUGAACCAAUGGAAUCACACACUCUAAUGGUUAAUUGAACUCUUUGGUGUUACCAAUAUUUAUUGAAAUUAUACUCUCUCUAUUGUUCAGAACUGUCUUGUUAUUAUAGAAAUAAUUACUAAUAUAUAUGUUGAUGGGUUAGUAAGAAUGUUUGCAGAAUGAUUAUAGAAUGCAAAAACACAUCACAUAUUCACGUUGUCUUGUGUUUUUAUACAAAUGAAAAGAAUUUGUAUUAAUUCAUUUUAUUUUAUAUUUAAUUUUUUUAUGUUCAAGUUAAAAAUAAUGGUAAAGAGGAUUGUU